ACUGCCAAGUUAACUGGCAGGAAAAUAAAUUCUAUAUCCAUCUGUACUAGUGUGUGUUUUCAUACCGUGCAACAUAUCAGAAGACAUGACUUCACUUCUACUGAAAUAAGUUUCCAAGAACUGUGUAGAGAGCACACUGUACAGUCAAAUCUGAUGUGCAUCUGAUAGCUGAUGUGAGACUCACACGCCCAGCUUCCUGUCUUUAACGUUUCUCGUGAACUCCAUCACCCUAACACCUUUUUCCUCUCACACGUACACCACACACACAUGCUGAGUGUGAGCAUGUGUCUGUCUGUAGGUUUUUGAGGAUCCAACAGAGAGAUGCCACCAAUAUUAAGCCUGGGUAAACAAACAUACGUGAUCAUGAUCACGCUCACGAGCGAGGACGCACACAUGCAAACACCACAAAGUCAUGCCCACACCUUUCAACACAGCACAACACCCAGCCCCAGCCCUGCCUAGCGCAGCGAAUGGCUUCCUCUGAUGACUCUAAACUUCUCCUUUCACAAAGCGGCAGAUGAGCAAAGCCGACCGUUACACAGGAGGAGGGCAGAGUGCUGAGGUGAACAGAACUCAAGUGAAGCCUUUGCCUGGCCUCUGUCCAGCCACCCGACUAUCUAGCCACAGCAGCGACAAACUGUGUCUUUUGCACCAGACGAUACAGAGUGAGAGGGAAGAAAAAGAAGAAGGCGAGAGCGUGUGGCAUGGAGGCAAAGUGAUAGGGGAACGGAGAAGGAGAGAGUGGAACGAGGGAGUUGAUGAGCAACGUUGCCACAACAAAGUCACCUCAACAGGUGUCAGCACUCCGAGUGGUCACACCAUCUUCAGCUUGGCAGUUGAAAAAAAAUCCCCCUCUGUAUUCAUAACGAGGCUGAGCAACAACCAGAAACCCUCCUUGAGUAACUGAGGUGGAAAGAGGAAGAGAGAAAGGGAGGUGAAGGUUGAGAGAGAAGAAAAUAAAAGCAGGGCUGUCUUUUCCUGCCUACGUGCUUGCCUGCAACCACCAAGUCGUGCAACGCAGCACAGCAUCAGUGCCAACAAAACAAGAGGGCACGAGAGGACACAGCGAAGUGCACACAGAGAAAUGAGAAGAGAAGAGAAAAGAAGAGAGGAGAAUAUAGUUAUGUUCGCUGUCACCUUUUCUUUUGGCUCUGUGAACGUGGCCAAAUGAACUCUGUGACCUGUGGCCACUUUCUGACCUCCAGGAUAGACCACUAGGUCACUAAUACACAACACUAAGGCCUGCUACACAGGCAUAAAAGGGUACACAAAACCAUCCAGAAACCAUCUGUGAACCUGACCCCUUGACUGUUCUUCAAGCAUGGGUCGGCCUGUGUCACUUUUCAUUGUGGUUCUCCUCUGCCCUUCCCUUCUUCGGCCACUUUCCUCACAGGAAGUUGCCACAGACUCAGACUCAGACUCACCCACGUCCGCUGCCGUGACAACAGUUGCUCCUGAGGAGGCAGGAGAUCUCUCAACAGACUCAGAUGAAGUUCAAACAUUGCUCCCUCCUGUGGAUGGAACCACACACAAAGACACACCUGUGGAGGUUACAACUCCUCCUUCCACAUCAACUGCUGACAGCGCUCCAGACGGCCAGACGACCACCACUCCAGAUGACCAGACAGAUCAGGCAGAACAAGUCACCACCAGCCUUCCCAUAGAGAGCACAUCUACUGAAGCAGAGACCACCAUGGCACCAGGUCUGACCACAGCUCUCUCCAGUGAGACCACAAUGACCCCACAACCAACCACAGAGGGCAGCAGUCUUGUGGAAGCCCAAACCACUGGAACGACGGACGGUCCAACCACUAGUUUGAGCACCACUGUUUUUCCAACAACAAGCAAAACUACGUCGUCUACUCCUCCUCCUCCGACAACUCCUGGAACUACACAGUCCAGUUCAACUCCGACAACCCCAAAAGCAACCACUGUGGAAGAUACGACAGAGGCGACGACCACACUCGCACCCACUACAGUGGUAACACCUCUGGUGCUCCUACAAUCCAGUCCCGGCACACACGUGGCUUCCAUAACACCCUUUGCUGUUGGAGCUCCCCCUGGACAGAAAAAUGACGACCAGUCAAACAUGCCUCUUUGGCUGUGGAUCGUCAUCGCCGCCCUAGUGGCCAUGCUGGUCGGUGCCAUCUGCGUCGCUCUGCUGGUCCAGCGUAGGAAAAAGAGGACAGAUCACGUCUUUGGAGGCAUGAAUGGACGUAGCCAAAGGUCCAAGAAGAAGAAAGGGGAAGAUGAUGUCUGGGCCGGGCCCGUGUUGAUGGCGGGUGAGGGGAACAACUGUGAGGGCAAAGGGGGUGAUGGAGAUCAUGUGGAAGGUAAUGGUGGUGGUGGUCUAGCUGAGAUGGCCGCCGAACCCAUGCUCAGCUCGUUUGCGCCCAGCGAUGAGGAGAAGGCCGUGGGAGCGGACGGCACGAAGGAGGCCAGGAGAUGGUCGGAGCGUUCGCCACUGCUGUACAUCGACGAGGAUGCAGAGGAGGUGAAACCAACCAAGGAGGAGGCGCAGCCACCGGUCUUCUCUCAGGAUGGAGGGAGUGCAGGGAAGACGGAGGAGGGAGGGGCAGGGCAGCAGGAGACAGGGGGCACGUUGGGAGAGACGAGUGAGGUGCUGAACGGAGGUAUAGCCUUCUGCCAGACCACAGCAGUGUGACCGGCCGCGUGUUCCAGUCCAGACAGUGCAACAGUGCCGUGCAGAGAACUUUGGUGGGGCAGGGGCUAAGAUUUUUUUGAAAACUGUUGUUUGUCUAAUUUCUUGACAUUUCUUCAAACGACAUUCAGUUAAAACGACAAAUUGUUAGUUGUUUGUUUUGGGAUUUUUCCACAUUAUUUUGAGAAUGUAAUUUCUGUUUUGAGAAAUGAGCCAGACCAAUGAAAAACCUGUAAUAUAUGGGCAGUACUUUAUGUAUGUAAAUUUACAGUGAAGAAAGUUACUAUGAAAUGUCCUUGGUAGAAUUGGUCAAUUGUCUGUGUUGUCCAGCUGUAUUAAACUAAAUUUUAAUUACAUCCUGAUAGACCAUAGGUCUAUAUGGGCUCACUAGCCAAUAAAAAAAGGCCCUGUCAAAGGGGCACUAGGACAGUGGUUCUUAACCUGGGGU